AUGUCCAGCCGUCGCCACUACUCCUGGCCGUUUAGCGGCUCUUCCAAAGCCCAGGAACUGCCUUUACCCUACCACCACCACCACCACCACCAUCAUCAUCCUCAACAACGCCCAUUCACCUCAUCGCCAUCAUCGUCCUCAUUGCAACAACACCGUCUGCAGAGAAAACGUCCUAUCGGCUCGUUAAAAGAUACGUUCAACCGGCCCCUCUCGCCGGAUACUUUGACUUUUCCGUAUAGUUCGUCGGACGAAGAAGACGUUUUUGCGUCUGCCGGGAUUAUCUCGUCAAAGGAGAAACCUAGACGAAGACGGAGUAAACGAAGACGUCGGUCUCGUGUUGAUAGGUCUGUGGCCAAGAAGAGUCACAAAAACGAGGAAAAAUUGGAAAAGUUAGAGAAUAAUAAAACAAAAGAAGCAAGAGGGGAACCGGAAGAAGAAGAAGAAGUCAUCGUCUCCUCCAUAACAGAAGCCAACCACCUCCCAAGCGCCGUGCUGCGACGCAUUAUUCGACCGCGCCUUGAGAAAGCGAAACAGUUUCUGAUUCCUUUACAUUUACAUUUUUUAUCAUGGUCAGCGGCAACAACAACAACACCAUUACCGAUUAGAGGACGAGAAGAAAAGGUUGUUUUGUCUUGCGCAAGUACGCCAGUGUUAUUAACCAAGUUUGAUGAUAUGCUUAUGGAUGUACCGACUCCAAUUAUGCCCGAAGACUGGGGAUUUCGCCCCGGUCGACGGCAUCGUCGGUGUCAUUCUGAACAGCCGCGGGCAUGGAGGGAGCCGAGCCCGGGACUGUGGACGUUGGCUGAAGAGUGA